AUGCAAUCAGAAGAUCAAGUAGUUGAAGAAGUGUUGGAAAAUGAUGACGACGACGAAUCCCUUUUUCAAGACAUUGAUAUGCUUCAAAAUCACGGGAUUAAUGUUGCAGACAUUAAAAAGUUAAAGCAAGCAGGAAUAUGUACUAUCAAGGGAAUUCAAAUGACAACAAAGAAGAAACUUUGUAAUAUCAAAGGAAUAUCAGAAGCGAAGAUGGAGAAGAUCAAAGAGGCAUCUGGAAAGCUCAGUGCUGAUGGAUUUCUAACUGCAUUGGAGUAUUCCGAUAAAAGGAAACAGGUCUUUAGAAUUUCAACAGGCAGUCAAGAAUUCGACAAACUUAUUGGUGGUGGACUUGAAAGUAUGGCCAUUACAGAAGCUUUUGGGGAAUUUCGCACAGGAAAAACACAGCUUUCGCAUACAUUAUGUGUGACAACUCAGCUUCCAGGAGCCAACGGUUACACCGGAGGGAAAGUGAUGUUUAUUGAUACUGAAAAUACGUUUCGUCCAGACAGACUGCGAGCAAUUGCUGAUCGAUUCAAUUUGGAUCAAAACGCGGUUUUAGAUAAUGUUCUCUAUGCAAGAGCAUAUACAAGUGAACACCAAUUUGAACUACUUGACUUCGUGGCUGCAAAAUUUUAUGAGGAACCUGGCGUCUUCAAACUUUUGAUCAUUGACUCAAUAAUGGCUCUCUUUAGAGUGGACUUCAGUGGCAGAGGUGAACUUGCUGAUAGGCAACAAAGACUAGCUCAAAUGCUGUCAAGAUUGCAGAAAAUAUCUGAAGAAUACAAUGUAGCAGUAUUUGUAACAAAUCAGAUGACAGCUGAUCCAGGAGCAACGAUGUCUUUUCAAGUUGACCCGAAAAAGCCUAUUGGAGGGAACAUAUUGGCUCAUGCCUCUACAACAAGACUUAGCCUACGGAAAGGCAGAGGGGAAAACAGAAUUGCUAAGAUAUAUGAUAGCCCUGAUUUACCUGAAAAUGAAGCAACGUAUGCCAUAACAGCUGGUGGCAUUGGUGACGCAAAAGAAUGA